UGGACGUGUUACCACAUCACAAGCAAGUUCAGUCAGUGUCCCGCUGGUGUUGAUCGCUGAUAUUUGCCUAGCUUUGAGGCGGACGGAGAAAUCCUCCAUCAGCAGUGGUGUCCGAAACAUCCUUAGUGGUAUCCCACCAAACUAGGGCACAUCGAUACCAUUCCUGACCUUCUUCUUACUCCAAUAAUCAGUAUAGUUUUUGUCGUGGGAUUCGAGGACGAGUGGUUGGGUGGUACAACUAUCUCUUCCUAAAUAAAAACUUUAUCGCGAUUCGUCGUCUGCCUCUUUCCCGACUUCGCGGAAGUUUUAAGCUAUCGAUAUUUUGUUUACCCCUCUGAGCUAUAACAUUAGGCGGAAGGACCGUGUCUGUGCGAUCUCCCUUUGGGUUAGCACCCUGACAACAAGCACACGUUCGCCCGACCAGGCUGUAGUUGACACGUCGACACGAGAUCGACAAUUCCAACGACGCCUCGCCAUCGGCGCGUUACCAGCAUCGCUAUCGAUCCUGUAUCAAUUAAUCAAUCAUCUAGUCGAUAAUCUUCGUUCGGUCGUCUGCGCUGGUGGAAAGCGAAAAGAUUGGAACAGGCGCAUUGUUUUUUUCUUGGAGGAGAAAGAACAACGGAGCCAGGAUGAGGACUUUAAUGGGGUUUUGUUUAUUGGUGAUCUGGUUGGGCUUGGUAGCCGCCAAACCUAGACCACUCUUUCUCAACGAUGGUGAGGAAAAAGUGGAUUGGAUGGUUGAGGCAAAGUCGAGGACACGGCGUCAGUCAGUGACGUCAUUCAAAGAGGCGGAGCAGAAACUUAGGUUACUCAGGGUUCGUAUGAACGAUAUCGACGAAGACCUCAGACCAUGCGACGAGGAGGAUGUCUUGAAGGGUGUCCAGUGCAUUGAAGAAGACAAGUGUAUCACAUGGGACCAGGUAUGUGACGAUGUCCAGGACUGUGGUCUUCAGCAGCUCGGAGCAUGCCUCAACCAGACCGUGCAGCAGUACCGAGUGGAGCGGGAAGACCUGUGCAACGGAGACGAGAACAGGCUAUGGUGCGAUCUCAAGGAACACAUUCCACGGAGAUGUGGUGAAGACAUCGAUCUGUCCGAGAGGACCAACAAGACUGUUCGAAUUUUGUCGCCCAACUACCCCCGACAGUACCCGAGUGACAUCCACUGUUACUGGAUGAUCAAGACCGCAGAGGGUAGCACUCUCAGCGCCUCAUUCAAGAAGUUCGACACCGAGCCCGACUACGACUUCUUCAGUUUAGGAACAGGAGAGAAAGAAGAUGAGGAGGACCCUACUAAGUACCUGAUCUUCAAGCACAGUGGUCCAGAGCUGCCAGACCCUACAUCUUUCAAAAUCAAGGGAGAUACCAUGUGGAUUUCAUUCAGGAGUGAUGACUGGGAUAACUAUUCAGGCUUUGAGGUCCACGUUGCUGAUACCUCUGUUUUCGAUCCUGGUAAUGUUGCCAAAAGUCCGUUCCCCGAUGCCAGGAAUACAACUUGUGGUGGCACGGUCAGAUUGGACAUUGAUGGGGAGGAGACGAUUACGUCACCAGGGUAUCCAGAGCAGUAUGGUAACUACAUGCAAUGUGAUUGGUUAGUCAGGAUCGUUCCCGGACGACGUAUCGGUAUCUCCUUCAGGACCUUUGAGCUUGAGACUAAUCAGGACUUUGUGGAGAUCGGAUCUGGUGCCAGCGUUGGAACAGAUCUUGUCAAUGGCGGGAAACUCACUGGACAUUCAGUUCCUCACAAGGCCAUUGUGAUCGAGAACAACGUGGCCUGGAUAAGGUUCACCAGUGAUCCGGCCAAUGCCCGACGUGGCUUCUCAGCAAUAGUCAGGGACCAACCUCAUAAUGGUUGUGGUGGAACAAUUGACAUCCCCAACGACGGGUCUAUCGUGGUCGCCUCUCCCCUCUUCCCCGACCUCGGUUACCGGGUCAACCUCAACUGCAUCUGGAAGUUCACUGGAUCUGAGGGCCGCACGCUCUCAGUCAUAUUCAAAGACUUCGCUACCGAGGAGAAAUACGACACCGUGAGCGCUGGCUACGGGAGCAGCCCGGCCCGCGAUGGAUCCAACUAUGUGAUCAAGAGCGCCAGUGGUAGUGGACUGCCUGAGCCAGCAGGGUUCGAUACCCCUUCCAAUGAAGCUUGGAUCUACUUCCGAUCCGACAGCUCCAUCAUCGAUCGCGGAUUCAAAGUAGAAGUAUCAGAUACCUCGAUCAGGCCUGCCAACUUUACACCUGAGGUUCAACCUACCAAGGAGCCAGACACAAAUUGUGGUGGCGAGGUUGUGGGAGGCUCCUUCACUACCAAGCUGGUGAUUGACUCACCAGGUGGUUCUACGUACAGGAAGUUCCUGGACUGUUUGUGGGAGAUCGAAAUUCCUUUCGGUGGCCAAAUCCGCCUCUUUUUCCCGCAGUUCCAAACCGAGCAAUACCGCGACAUCGUCAUCGUCGGCAACGGAACGGACUAUGAAGACAACGAGAGCAUUUUCAUCACCCACAGCGGCCGAAAGAAGCCUAAGGAAGUCCUAACAUACGCUAACAACCUGUGGGUCCGGUUCACCACAGAUUCCGACUAUGAAUUGUCCGGUUGGACCAUGGUCGUGGAAGCAAUACCCUAUACAAAUUGCAGUGGUCACCUCUCCAUCCCACCCGAAGGCUCCAUCACAAUCGGUUCGCCAAACUUCCCCUACAACUACAACAAUGGGGAGACGUGUUACUAUCAGAUCAUCGGUGCCCCUGGUAAAAGGAUACUGGUCAAUUUUCUGGAGUUUAACACGGAACGAGAUUUUCGAGACGUUAUGAACAUCGGAGACGGAUGCUUCCUGGCGAGCGGGGAUAUCAUUGUCAGAAACCAUAGUGGCCAUGGCUUACCUGAUCCUGGGAGAUACUUCUCCCGUCAAAACGCAGUGUGGAUGACUUUCCAAACCAGUGAUUUCAGCGAUUACAAGGGAUGGCUCAUCAACUUUGCCGACGCCAAAACCCCCGCUGAUGCCGGCGCUGAAUGCGAGGUGUUCGUGCCCCCAACCCAACCUCCCGCAACCACCAAAGAGCCAUACCAGCCUAUAAUCUACGGUGCGGAUGAAAUCUGGUCCGGCCUUGGUCCCAUCCCCGCCUGGUACGAUGAUCUCAACCCCGACGCAGACGGCGCAGGGGAUGGGGACACAAAUACCAUGACAGACUUCGAGUACUCCUCUCCUGUGGAGGAACGCGUCGUUGAGGGAAGUGUCCCUGCAGAUAGCGCGUAAAGAAAGGCAGAAAGGGAAACUGUUUGCGAUUAACAGGGGUCACAUCAUUUUAUAGAGACACAAAUAUUCAUCAGUCGCUGUAUAGAAAACCAAGGAAGAAACAAAAGCGUUUUGUAAAAAGCCAGCUACACAUUCUCAUUGGUUUGUAUGACUCCGUGCAUGAAGAUAUUUUAUUUAGAGGUUCCGACGUACGUAGUUAGUUUUAGUGGUUUCAAAGCACAGUUCGACAGGAGCUUUGUUGUUACAGUUUCCUUUAUUCUUGCAUUACGACAAAUUCAGAAGAGGUAACACGAGUCUGAGUUCCCGACCGCCUCUUUUCAUUGAUGAAUUGCAAUCUUGUAAUAUUAUUGCUUGACACAUUCAAAUACAAACACAAAAAAGGUCGUUCCAAAAAUUGUACCAGGAUGACGAGGAGAAUAAUGUAUCAACUGCUCAUGCUAAUUGAGAUUCUAUUCUAAAAUCAGCAUUUCAAUUGAAAGAAUAAACUUCCAAUGACGUAAGGAAUUGGUUGACGAAUCUUUUUGUAGAAAUAUUAUGUGUGAAGAAACAUGCCUUUUCUCAAAUGAGUGUAUAAUUAUGUGACUCAUUGGGGAUUUGCCCAAGAAAAUGUAAAUCACAUCGAUAAGCUUAGACUUCAGCCUUUUUAUUUUGUGUAUUUCUAAGGUAGUUUUCGUUGUUUUUGUUCACAUGUAUUUUCCCCUUUUUGUUGGUAUUUAGAUAUACUCUUUUCUUGAUGUUCUGAGGACCAUAAUAGCGAAGCUGCUCAAAUAUUUUCAUGAAGAAAGAGAAAAAUCUGUUGUAGAUACUCAGUCUUUGAGAUUGAGACACAAGCUUUUUUUAGGGUAUUUGUUUCUAAUAGACGAAAAUAUAAGAGCAUUGGCACAUUCAUCCUUUGAAAUUUUAACACGAAAAGAAACAUUAAAAAAGUGUGGUCCAUUGGUAACUAUAUACACUGUACAAAUAAAGCUACAAGAUGCUCAAAAGAUUUAUAGACUAAAAUGUUGAAUCGUUUACUAUAAUCAAAUUACUUGUGUAUUUUUAUUAUGUAAUUGCUAGAAUUUUGAUGGUUUAAUAGGCUGUUACUUGUUACUUAAGAUUCGUGUUAAAGUAAUAUUUUUAAUUAUCUUGUUGUUUAUUAGAUUUGAAUCGUGAUAUGUUUCCUUUUAUUUUCUAAAUAUUUGUAUUCAUCUAAAAAGCAGCGUGGAAGUUUAUGAACAAUUUUACUCUUAAUAAAAAAAAACGAAGGAAAUGUAACCAAAAUAUUGGUAAUCAAGGUUUUCUAUUUUGUGUAAUUUUUCAAUAAAAUCGGACUCACAGCUA